AUGGAGCACCGGGCAUAUUGGGCUAUCAAACAGUUAAAUAUGGACUUGAAUGCCGCCGGUGAAAAGCGUCUACUGCAACUGAAUGAGUUGGAUGAAUUUAGAAUGGAGGCUUAUGAAAAUGCAAAACUUUACAAGGAGCGAACCAAGAAGUGCAUGAUAUGCACAUUCAGAGGAAAACUACGAUCACGGUGGUCGGGUCCCUACACAGUUACAAAAGUCCUACCAUAUGGGGCUACACAAGUGAGCUAUGAGACUAAGGGUACUUUCACUGUUAAUGGGCAAAGGUUGAAACACUACUGGGGCGGUGACUUCUCUAAACAAAAGUCAACCGUUCAACUCGAGACGCCAGAAUGA